AGUGACGAAUUGGUGUCGAAACCGCGCUAAUGCCACACCACGAUCUGAUAAGAUAACAAAUAUAGGUGGCUGCAGGGAAGUCAGACAAUGAAGUCAACACGACAGCAACGGAACUGCCAUAAACAAGGUGUCGCAAACUAGCUCUCGAUCUACCUUCCUCCUCUUCAUUCAAUUUCAAAGGGGGUUUACAGAUCGAAGCGCCCAACGCCUCAUCUCCAAGCAAGAUGCAACUCCCUACCACCAUCCACGCCCCGCCAUCCCUCGACUCCUUCACCCCGCUCACCGAACACCAAUCCACCACCCCGAGCACCUUCUUCAGCGAAAUACCCGUCCUCCACUACCACGGCCCUAAUGCGCGCGCUCUAAUUGCGCCCGAGCAUUUGUCCGCUCUCCCAAUAUUCACCUCGACGCAAAACAUCGUCGAAACCACUGCGCAGGCAGCCGCCAACGGAGGCAAAGGCGAGGAGAAUACCAAUGGCGAUGCGGCAACCCCGUCUGCAGCUAAAAAGGUGUUCCCGGUAGAUAUCUAUGUCAGCAGCUCAAACCUCACCCUCUUCUCCGCAACCACCUCCACCGGCGUCGAAAUCCCAUACCAAUCCAUAACCCUCCACGCCAUCCAGCGCCUCCCAUCCCCAACUCCCGAAACCGAUGGUGAGACAGUGCAGGGGCUCUACAUGCAACUCGACCUCAUGCCGCCGAACGACGAGGACGAGAUGAUGGAUCCAGUCGAGCUGAUCCUCCUGCCCCCAACCCAACCCCAGUCCACCACUACUGAAGAGCCCAUCAAGAUCCUCUUCGCGGCUGUAUCAACAUGCUCGAAUCUACACCCCGAUGCUGCGGACUCAGAUGAAGAGAUGGGAGAAACAGACCGCAUUGUUUUCGAGGGCUCGGUCGGGUAUGAGGGUAUCAGGGGGCUACCCGGCGUGGUCAGUCUGCCUGGUGACGAGGGGCUGCCGCCACCGUUCCCGGGGAGCGGCGGUUGGAUCACAGCUGAGAAUGUGGGAGAUUUCUUCACGCCUGAGGGAGAAUGGAUUGGCCGCGAUGAAGAAAAGGAGGAGGGAGAGGAGAAUGCGGAUGGGAAGAGGGAGAAUGGCAGGAGUGAGGAAGGUGAUGAUCAGGGGGCGAAGAGAGCGAGGGUUGAAUAAGAGAUGUUGGUUCUGCUGAAAAAGUGAGCAAAUGGGGUAGAAAACUAGGAUAUGGCAUGUUGUGGCGUAAUGGUUGGGGCAAUAGAAGGUGGUUGUAGCUACUGCCAAACUAUCAAAGUGGUAUUACAGCCUGUGAUCUUCAGGUGUGUAUUAUUUGCAGCACCUCCUGCCCAUAUCGCCCUGCUAUGCGUGACUUUUCCCCUCCUAUACCACGUAUCAUACGCCAUGAACCACGAAUCUCACCUGCCAUACCCAAAAGCGCCAACCCCUACUCCAUUCUACCAGCCCUAUGCAGCUCCACCCACCUCCUCCAUCCCCUCCGGCACCGGCCCCCUAAU